AUGAAGGGCGUUUCAGACUACGGCGCCUCCGAGUCGGAGCAGCCACCAAACAUCUACAAAGUCCCUGAGGAGAUGAAAAACAGUCACAAGGAGGCCUACAACCCGAUUGUCGUCUGGAUCGGCUUGUUCAACGGCGACAAUGAGACCACGCGCCGUGGCGUCAUUCGGGGCUACAAAUGGUGCUGCAUGCGUAAGCUAAUCAGCAGGCAUCACCUUCUCCAAGAGCCAGAAUGGACGCCCGUACUUCUGCGGCGGUGCCUGGAAGCCUUGGAGGGUGUCCUUCCGCGUAUCAUUUCAUCCUAUGUCCUACGCCACCAUCAGGUAAAGUAUGACCAUGGUUUAAGGCAGUCGAUCCUGAGCAUCAUGCUGCGGGAUGGAUGCUUCAUCCUCCACCGCCUGAUCAAGUACGCACGCAUCGCCAAGAGAGAAGCUGCUAAUCCCACAGGAAGUGGCGCCAGUAACAACAUCGAGGAGGACGACGACUGGACCCAGGUGUUCGGGAGGUGCUGGGUGUGGGGAUUCGUCACGUGCGACCUGCUGCUGCUCGAGAACCAGAUCCCUUUCUUCGUUGUGCAGAAGCUUUUUCAGCAGCUCCGGACAGACCCUGACGAGAGCAGCGACGUCCUUGUGGACGGUGCCCUCCGGCUCUUCCGCUCCCUCCGGCCACAGAAGCUGCACUCCUCGGCCAUCGCCGGCCGUGACGUGCACCACCUCCUGCACCUCUUCUACCUCUCCAUCGGUCUACCCGAAGAAGCGGUGCCAGCGACCCAUGACGACGGGCGCAGGCAUGCUGUACCUCUGUCGGAGCUCCCGCAGUGGAUACCGUCUGCCAGGGAGCUCGAGGAGGCCGGCGUAAAGUUCCGCACAAGGAAAGACGCGAAGAGCUUCCUCAACCUAAGGUUUCACGGCGGGGUCAUGGAGAUCCCUGAGCUGGAGCUGUAUGACUACAGCGAGCCCCUGUUCCGCAACCUCAUCGCCUUCGAGCAGACCUACCCCUUCACACCUGGCCAUGUCACUGCCUACGCCAUCUUCAUGGACUGCCUCGUCACCUCGCCAGAGGACAUGAGGCUGCUGCACCUCAGCGGCGUGCUGGUGAACCAGAUGAAUGGCGAGCGGGAUGCGGUAGGGUUCUUUAGCCGCCUCUGUGCGGAGGCCCACCUGGCUUCCGACCACAACUACCUCGCCGGUGUGAUCCUGGAGAUAAACAGAUACCAGCGGUCCAGGUGGCCCAGGUGGCGUGCCGCUCUCGUGCGGAACUACUUCAGCAACCCGUGGGUGGUCAUAUCCCUCUUCGCCGCCAUCUUCUUGCUCGCUGUCACCAUGAUGCAGCUUGAUAAGCCAUUGGACACUGCUAAGCUCUGCUUCUUCGUUUUUUGA